AUGUUCACGGGGGUGCAAUUGAAAAAUCUUUCACGGAAAGCGGCACUAUGUAAAAGCAGCGGCGUUUGUGAUCUUGAACUGCCCUUUAAACGUGUAAAUCUGUUUCGCGCACCGUGGAGCGCCGGACUUGCGUAUUGGGCGGCGGAAUGGCGUGAACGGCGCGCGCAACGCACCGUCGCGACGACCGCGGAAGUUCCUGUACCAGCUGCCUACCAGUCUGGCCAGCCUCCUGCCGGCUACCAGCUAGUUCCCUCCAGACGCUUGCUCCACCUCCGGCUGACGAGCAGUCGAAUUUCCUGGAGGGAAAUUCUUGCUUAUGGGAGGGGUGUAUGACAUCGUGCCGCAGCGGUAUCCGUUAUUCCUCUCUUCACCACUCGGGGGACGCAAUAUUAACGCGUGCGUUCUGAAUCUUCGCGUUUGGUCUACUUCAGCGAUCACUAAGCUAAGAAAUUAAGUAGCUCGCUAUCUUCAGGCGGCUACUUGCUGAAUCGCGUGUCUAAAGCUAAACC